ACUAAUUCCUCUGUGAUUGUCACAAAAAGACUUUUUUCGUUUCUUAUAAACUGGCACGAUCAGUGAUUCAGACCAGUCAGAUGGGAUUACGUCCAGUUCCCAGAUUCUACCUAGGACCUCAGUCAGUCUCGCUGCUAAUACUGGACCGCCAUCCUUAAAAAUCUCUGAGGUAAACCUGUCUGGGCCUGCUGCUCUCCCACGCUCCAAAUUUCCUAUAGCUUUUUCAACUUCGUAAAGAGUCGGAGGAUUCACAUUAACUUGCCAUUCAGGUAGAUUGGAGAUCGUGGGAAACCGAAGUGUGGCUGAAGACCAGUUGAACUGAUCCCUAAAGUGUUCUGCCCAUCGAUCCAGUCUCCUGGAUUGAGAAUGAACAAUAUGUCCAUCUUUCUCUGAGAUUGUUGCGCUAACAGUUGGGUUUCUAAUACCGGUUUCCUUAACAAGUCUGAACAGUUGUCUGUUGUGACCCAUUGCCGCUGCCUUUUCCAUCUCUCUUGCUUUCGCUACCCACCACUGUUCACGAUCAUUGCGUAAGCUUCUAGUCAGCUUGCGCUUAAGCUGACUCCACUCUUCGUUAUGUGAAGAGCCAGAUGGAAUGCGUUUUCGAGCAUCUAUCAGUGCGGUAGACGCUGCUGGGAUCCAGUGUUUCUCCCUAAUCUUAUGGUUUACCGUACUUGCAGACAUCACUGGUGUUUUUACAGCUUUUCGGAUGUCAUUCCACGCUUCUUCGGGGUGGGCAUCACUUACAUGGCUGCCUAACUGUUUUUCUAGUUGUUCCUGAAAUAUACUCAGCUUGACUAUCAUUAAGUAGGACCCUAAGGGGUUUCCUUGUACCAUCUUUCCUACGUCCAGUAAGACGUAGACAAAUACGCGCUCGCACUAGAGCAUGACCUGAGUCUAAGCAUGUGCUCUAGAAUGAGCGACGGUCUUCCAUUGGUGCCUGAUUGCGAUGUGAUCUAUUUGGGUCCAGCGUUGGGACGAAUUAGGAGGUCUCCAAGUUAAAAGAUGUUUUUCCUUAUGCUUAAAGUUAGUAUUUGCAAGAAACAGGCGGUUAACUGAGCAUAGCUGCAACAGACGGUCACCGAUAUCUGUUCUUUGAGCCGCGACACCAUAAGAUCCACCCAGGUGUUUCUCCCUUUCGCAAAGUUUACCUACUUGAUCAUUAAAGUCACCAGCCACUAUUACUACAUCUGAACGCCUAGCUUUUCGGAUAAGAUCGGAAAGCUUUCUGUAAAACACAUCUUUUACAUCAUCUGAGCUGCAGUCAGUGGGAGAGUAGGCAGAGACGACGAGUGUCCCUAUCUUUCCGAGUCCUUACUGUUCCGUUUAGUCGGACAGCACACAAACGACUGUCUACUGGGAUCCAGUCUAAGAGAGCUAGUUCUGCCCUAGGACUCAAUGCUAUACCUACGCCAGCGAGGCCACGGGAAGCAGCAUCAGGGCUUCCAGAUACACGGAGCGUAAGUCGAGUUGGUUCGUUACUUUGACAUGGUGAGGUUAAACGAAUGAAACUACUUGGACCCUGUGUGCGCGUUUCGGAGACGCAGCAUAGGUCCUAGCUAAGGAAGCCUGUUGUCCUAUUUGGCACAGUGUUCGGACGUUGAAAGCUCCUACGUGUAGUUUUGAGCGUGGCUUCAGGAGACCAGGAAUAACAUUCCGCGUACUCGAAUCGUUCGCACUGGCGGGGCGAGGUGAUAAAGGGACGUGAAAAGGGUUGGUCGUGGAGAUAAGAGAGUUUUUAGGAGGUGUAGGAAGGACUUGCAUGUGACCAACGUGGUCUCGUGUGUUGUUACGGGUAUGAGGGCUGAUGUCACUUCCUGGCUGCCCACACCGUGGAAGAGUAUUUCUGGAGGAACCUGAAAAGGAAAUCGGACUAGUGUUGGUCCUAACGACCUGGGAGCGUGGCCGCAGAGCCCAAGGGACAACUGCUUGAGGCCGGUCGCGCACGGUCUUUUUGUGGGAGGUUUGUAAUGUGUUAGCUCCGUUCUUCAAACGGCCUUACCGCUGGAGACGGAAAUCCGUAGGGUGAGGUGAGGUGUGACAUUUUUAGGGUCAACCUUUUCUAACCCCUUCCUUCCUUGUGAGAAGGCAGCAUCGCUGCAGAUGCUGGUUGUCCGAGGGAAACACCUUACUGCUGUCACACCUCUGUACAGUCAGCAGUACGACUUCGCCCUCAGACCUUGAGUUGCUGCUUUUAGUCUUACCGUUCUCCAAUCGACCUGCCUGGCAUGGUAGAACCUGCAUGAACAUGUGUUCCAGCCAAUAUGGCUCGGUUGGGUCAUCACGAUAGGCAAGCUCGACCACCACGUCAAGGUAGCAGCUAUGGUCGGGGCCUUUAAGUAGAUGGUUUAAGUGUUUAACUGCUAAAAAUUUGCUAAUAGUUGUCUAUCGAAAGUGCUAUAUCACGUUGGAGCGAAUACCUAACCUUACUGAACAUACGUUCUACAAUCAAACAAAAAAUAUGGUCUUUAUUUUUUACUUACAAACAUUACUAAAUACACAUAUCAUUAUGGUCUAUUCGAGACCACUGAAGCCUUAGCAUUGGUGGAACAUUUGUUUUACCAAAGUUUCUGUUUCCAUGUAUAAGGGAGUAGGAAAUAUUCAUGAAUAGAAAUGAAUGAGGAUUUUAUGCAUUAUGUUUGUAUGAUAUUUCGCAUUGAUGAUCAUCUCAGUUUUUAGAUAAACAUUUUGGCCAGUUUAUUUUCUCUAAUUCAAAUGAUAACCAGUGAACAAUGUGAACUUCACUGGCAGUUGCAGUAUGAUCAGAAAAUAAACUAUUAAAUUCGAUAAAUGGUUAUUCGAUUUUCAUGGGCACUUGGCAACGUUGGGUGCUCUUACUCACCUUAUCGGCUCUUCUGGCAUCAUUUCUCGCAAAUACAAUAUUUUUCUGUCUUUUUAACUUAUACAACCAAGAAAUUUAUGUUAAAAAUAGCAUUAAGAAGGCGUCUGUUCAUGUUGAGAACGUUCGUAGUGGAAACCAAUGGUUAGACUUUUUGUAUAAGAAGACUCAUGUAAAAUUAUCACAUGAUAUGAGUAUUAAAGAGGCAUGCCGCAUGGAUAAUUGCUUCGAUUACACACUGUGUCAAUCGGAAUUUAAAGUUUACGUAUAUCCUCUCUCGUCAAAACAAGCCAAUCUAUCUUUAACCUAUCAAAAAAUCCUCACCGCUUUGCAUAAUUCAAAACUUCUCACAUCAGACCCAUAUGAAGCUUGUAUAUUUAUUCCUAGCUUGGAUACUCUAGAUCGAGAUCGUUUAAGCCCACAUUUCGGUCAGUAUAUAGCUCAUGAGCUCGUUAAUUUACCAUUUUGGAACUCGUUGCCUAGACGAGACCUUGAUCCUGAUUCACUCUCAACCACUACUCAAAAGCCAUCAGAAUAUGCUGGUCGUAAUCACUUAAUAUUUAAUUUACAUGCAGGCACUUGGCCAUAUUAUCACGAAGAUGAAUAUCGUUUAUGGCUUGGCCAAGCCAUGCUAGCUAAAGCCAGCUUUUCGACUAAGCAUUUUCGUCCAAAAUUUGAUAUUUCUUUACCACUUAUUCACUCUCAACAUCCCUUACAAUCAGGUUCAAGUCAGUUGGGUCAAUUAGUGAGCAGUGAACAUUUACGCGGUCGACUUGAUCUACCAUAUCUUUUAAGUUUUAAGGGUAAACGUUAUGUCAGUGGAAUUGGAUCAGCAUCACGUGAUAUACUUUUUCAUUUACACAAUGGAAAAGAUAUAAUUAUGUUAACUACUUGUCGUCAUGGCACAGAUUGGACACGAUAUGCUGAUAAACGCUGUGCUACAGAUAUGGCUUUAUAUGAUGCAUACGAUUACUGGGAAUUAAUGUACAAUUCCACGUUUUGUCUUGUUCCUCGUGGUCGACGAUUAGGUUCAUAUCGGUUCUUAGAAGUUUUACAGGCUGGUUGUAUCCCAGUUAUGUUGAGUAAUGAUUUGGAACUUCCAUUUUCUGAAGUGAUUGAUUGGAAUCGAGCAGUUAUUUGGGCUGACGAACGAUUACCUUUAUUGCUUCCAUUAAGUCUACGACGUAUUACAUCGCAUCAAAUAAUUCAAUAUCGACAACAAGUAAUGUUUCUUUGGCAUACGUAUUUAUCUUCAAUCGAAUCAAUUGUUCUUACAACACUUGAGAUUAUACGAGAUAGAGUUUCACUUCGUCGUCGGAGUUACGAAAUUUGGAAUACAUUACCUGGUGGUCUCAUAGUUUCGCAUGUAGAUUCUAUGGACAGCUGUGAUGUAGCAAUUCAACGAUAUCCGAUGCACUGUCAAUCCGAAAUCAAGUCAGGUUUCACAAUGUUAAUUCCAAUACGUGCAGAACUUUGUGCUGUUUAUUUGGAACGGUUAAAAUCUCUUGGUAAAAUUCUGUUCAAUUCAGAGUUUUUACGAAAGAUAAUUCUGAUUUGGCAAUGCAAGAAUUUUCCACCAAAUAAUAAUGAAGUAAAAUCUUAUGCUCCAGUCCCAGUUGAAAUCGUUCUCCCUGACGAACGCUUUACACUAAGAUAUUCUUCUAAUUCUAUAUCUCCAAGUGUUCGUUUUCAACCUUUUCACGAAAUUCCUACCUUGGCUGUGUUUGCAUAUUCAUUAAACUUGAACAUUACAGUUGAACAGUUAAAUUUUGCAUAUCAAACUUGGCAAGAAUUUCCUAAUCGCUUAGUUGGAUUUCAAGCUCGUUCACAUUAUUGGAAUACUAAAGAUAACCUAUGGAAAUAUGAUGAUAAUCCAUCGAUGAAGCACUUUUCAAUAGUUUUACUGAAUGGGGCAUUUUAUCAUCGUUAUUAUCAUCAUCUGUACCAAACAUUGUUGGAUCGUAAACUUCAUGAGAUUGUCAAUGUAUUUAAUAACUGUGAAGAUAUCCUUUUUAAUUGUCUUAUAAGUCAUGUAACUAGUUUACCACCAAUUAAAUUAUUUAGCACAAGUUAUAUAGAACAAAAAUUACUGUCAACGGAUGGAAUCUUAAAUCUGAGUGAAUUAAAUACGUACCGCGAACAGCGAAGUUUGUGCAUACAAGCUUUUUCACAACACUUUAUAAAAGUCCCAUAUACUGGAAAACAUUCUAAUCAUAAUAUUAAUAGUCAGUAUACUGGGAGAGAUACACCCGAAUUAUAUUUACCACUUUACGAGAAUUCCUAUAGGGAAAAACUACGUUAUCUACAGGAUCAACAAAUUACAGCUGAAGACAUUUUAACGUAUGGCCUGAAAAUUGAAAAAUAAUUAAUUAACAAAACAAAUGAUAGACAGUGAAAACUCACAAGAUAAUAAGAAUGUCCUUUCGGAGUUUCUGAAGGAUCCAACGGAUAAGCUUUUGGAAAAAAUAAUAUUUUAAUAUUUAUACAUAUACAUGCAAAUACAAGAUUUUGGCGGCUACUAAUGUUCACAACAAUUACGGGGUGAUUCGCAUUUUCAUAAACAGAAAAUUUAUAUUUGAAGGAAUGUGUAACUCAUCUAACAAGUAAAGACAUGUAAUUGAGUUUGAGCCACACUACUUUUAUCAAUCAUAAUCAACGUAGAGUCUGGAAAAUGUGUGCAUUAACCUUAGUUUCCAUAUCAAAUAAGCACGAGAGGAAUCGCAGAUGAGUCAAAAUAAUGUUACUUUCGUGAUGCCUAAUAUCAAUUUGCUUCUGAAGAAAAAAAAAGGGUGCAUCAGUUUGGAACCUGCAACCUGUUCGUUGGAAUCGCUUAAAUAUAAAGCCAUCGCUUCUAUGGACUAAAUUAAAGUUGUUCUGGAGUUUGCACACAUACUGAGAAAACAGCUUAUAUAACUUUCCUAUGGAUAAUUUGCAACACAAAGAAAUUCAAUUCCAACAUUUAAGACGAGAUUUGACGCGACAAACGAUGAUUGUCAGAGAUUAUUCAGGCACAGCUCCAAAGAGAUUUUUUUGAACGCAUAAAUAUUGGUACAAAAGAGCACCGAAUAUAUAUGGGCCACAAAAAAUUUAAUUUGUGUGUGGGCCAUGAUACUGCCCGGGUUCCCAGACCGAAGCAGAGAUUACGUCAAUGACAAAUGAAUAUAAAACUGGAAAUAACUGAAUGUAACUUCACAACAAAACACUUUGUUUCCGAUAAAGACAUUACCCUUAAUAUAGCAUUAAAGCAGCAAUAUUAUAUAGUACAAAUAUAAUCACAAGAGCAUAUGAUUAAGGUC